GAAGCGUGGCCCUGAACCGGUGCUGUAUCGGCUUCUGCUCCAUGCAGCUGAUGAGAGAUGACAAUUCGACUGCAAAUCCUACCUUCUCGAACCCUAAUCCCUCUCGCCCCAAAAUCCUCCACAAACCUUAACCCUAAACAGCGUCAAUCCAAGCCCCUCCCCAAUCUGAAUGCCCUCACCCCUCUCCAAGCCUACCCCACCACCAUUACUCCGCUGCAAGCCACCUCCGAUUCGGGCCUCCGCUUCCGCGAAAAGCUGCUCUACCUCCAGCGCCUCAAGGUAAAUCCCGCCAAAGUCCUCGAGAAAAAUCCCAAUAUCCGAUCAGCCCCGUUCGCCUCUCUCAAAUCCGUCGAGCAAUGCCUCUCCUCGAUGGGAAUCGAGCGCUCCGCCUUCGGCCGCAUUUUCGAAAUGCACCCUCAGCUUCUCACUUGCGAUCCCUACUACGAUCUGUACCCAGUCUUUGACUUCCUCUUGAACGACGUCCAUAUCCCCUUCCACGAUAUCCGCACCUCCAUCGUACGCUGCCCCAGACUGCUGAUUUGUAGCGUCGAUGGCCAGCUGAGACCGGCCUUGCAUUUUCUCGAACAGUUGGGGUUCGUGGGGCAGCACGCGAUAACUUGCCAGACGACAGUCUUGUUGGUGUCUAGCGUCGAAAACACUCUCCUUCCGAAGCUGAAUUACCUGCAAGGGUUGGGAUUUUCGUACGAGGAGGUGGCGGUGAUGGUGCUGAGGUCGCCGGGGCUAUUGACGUUUAGCAUAGCCAACAAUUUCCAGCCCAAGGCGGAGUAUUUCUUGAAGGAGAUGAACGGAGAUUUGGCGGUGCUGAAGAGAUUUCCCCAGUAUUUUUCGUUUAGCUUGGAAGGGAAGAUAAAGCCCCGGCACCGGCUCUUGGUUGAGAAUGGCUUCUCGCUUUCGUUGCCGGAGAUGUUGAAGGUCAGCGACGGGGAGUUCAACGCGCGGUUGAUUGAGAUGCGGCUGCGGUUACUUGAUCAAGAACAUUCGUAUGGAUAAACACAGGAGGAGAAUAACACCACUUCAGAACCAACUCAAAACCAAUGAAGAGGCAGUCCCAAUAACCAGUCGUAAAAUCAGUAACUAAGAGAACAAAUUUUAGGGACCUUCCAGUCAAAUUUCACUAUUUCAGCAUGAGCCGCCUGUUAGUUGGAUCACCUGGCAUGUAAUAUUCCACCAUGAAAAUGGACCAAGGUCAGUCCAUGCUUCUGAUUUGACCCUUUGUAGUCCAGGAAUGGAUUAGCGGAAUCACAAUAGAAUUCUAUAAUUGCUGCUGAAACUUAGGUUGUAUUUGCAUCUCUAACAGCAGCAAACUCUUAUGUUGUAAUAUUUUUUGUACUAAUAAAAAAUUAUUGUCUCUCCUGUUGAGACAAGUAGCCUGUGCUGAAUUACGUUAAUACUCUGCAACUAACUUAUUUUCGCUUGAUGUAUGCGGGUACUAUCUUUGCUGUGCUCUUGAAUGGUAAAAAGUUCCAUCAAGAAAAAACACCUGCAGGAAACACGGGCCAACCUGAGGUAGCAAGACUCAUGCCCAAAUGGCCUGUGUCUUGUAUAUGUGAACGUGAGCUUUUCCAUUUUCAUGUCAAGGUGGAGUGCUCAUUCAUAUAUCAGUUGGCACAGUACUGGAACAUGGACCACUCUAUGCAUCUCAACAAGACCACACAACAGCCUUUCUGGAAAAACUCAUUACAACAUAAUCCACUCCACGGGCACAGGCGCGGUGGGUGGGGGUUCAAAGCUCUUCAACGUAAUCUUCUCCAAUGGAAUCGGAAUCUGAGAAGGAAGGGAACUCGAUCUUGGAACCGCAGCGGCGUCCGUGCGGC